GCACACCUGUGAGAACAUGGCGUCAGGACGGGCAAAUGCGAACACCAGGUCCCCAUCCCCCCGUCAACAAACGUCCGCCACCCGGGGUUCUGGCGGUUUAAAAGCUCGGUACGACCGCUUCCUCGCCUGGCUGUACGAGGAAGAGUUCACCUACAUUGACGCCUUGUUCGUCGUCGUGGGAAUAGUCACUUUCCUGGCCGACAUUGUCUCUGAUGUGGUUCUGGCGGUGACCAACUACUUUCUACAAGGCUACUACGGUUGGUUCGCAAUGACAAUAACAUUCGUUCUGCUGCCGUCCAUCGUCCUUCAGCUGUGCAGCAUACGGUGGUACCUGCAGGACAGAAGCAAGGCCCCCGAGUCGGAGAGGACAGGAGUUUUCUCCUGUUUGUGGAGGGGACUGCUGCAUUUUCUACAGCUGGGUACAAUGUGGAGGUGUUUCCAGGCGCUAAUGUACGGGUUCCGGAGCAGGAGAGACCACCAGAGAUGGUACAACCUGUGGCUGGCGGAGUGGACAGACGUGUGUCUGCUCAGGAUGUUUGAAGCCUUCCUGGAGUCCGCUCCACAACUGGUGCUGCAGCUGUACAUCAUGCAGGUCAGGGGUCAGAGUGACUUCCUCACAGUGUUAGCCGUUGGCACGUCGCUUGCGUCCCUGUCGGUGGCUCUGGUGUCCCACCACAAGUCUCUACGUGAAGCCCUGCCCAACGCAGAGAGGAUCACCUACACGGGGGUUGUACUCUGGACGCUCUGGCGCCUCUGCACCGUCUCCGCCAGGGUGGUCGCCAUCUCUCUCUUCGCCUCCCAGUUCCACUGGUACACCUUCGCCAUCCUGGGUGGGCAUUUCCUCAUCAUGUUCGUCUGGCGGUCCUGUCAGGACAUCAAGUUUUACGACAGCCGCGUGGAACAGACAGGCUUCAACAUCGUCAUCGCGUUCGUCAACAUAUUCUCUUGGCUCAGCAUGGUGCAACAGUCCCGCUCCCGGUACCGGGCCACGGCAUUUUACGCACUUGUGUACACGGAAAACGCCGUCAUGGCCGGUCUUUGGUACUGGAGGAUACAACAGGCGGGACAGCGACCUGCAUACCUGAAACCAGCAUUGCUAUUGGUGUACGUCGGGUUCUUUGUGGGAAUUAUUUUCAUGUCGCUUCAUUACCUGUUCUGUCAUCCAAAACAAAUACCGAUUUGCAUCCGUCCAUUUGAUGACGUGGACGGACCAGAAAAGGCGGGAAGCGGCAGUGUUGAUGAGGUAGAUGGGUCGGAAGUUGUGGCAAGCCAGGCGAAGAUACCGACCAUGAACUUCGGCUUCACGUGUCGCUGGAAAGUGACAGAAGAUGACAUGAAGAACUUUGAGCGUAGGUUGAGUAGGAGUAGCACGGGUCGGUGUAGCGCCGAUGGCAAGAGAAAGAGCGCUGGCAACGGCGAUAAGUCUCCCGAUGAAACAAGUGUAUGUGCCGUGUCUGUGGAUUAUGGCAAUCACAAAGAAAACUUCUGCCGAGAGUGCGAAUCAUCGGUGUAACUGAUAGAAUUCUGAUCAAGGUGAGGGUAGCCUUGCUUCGCUGUCGGAUACAGCUCUAAAGAUGUUCUCUAUACUCGUUAUGUACCAAAGAACUGAACUGAUUUGUAUUUCUCCCGCCUGAAUUUGUAUCAAUAUACCGUGAUCAUCUAGGAAAUAUUUUACUCAAGUAGCGGAGAAAGAGGUAUUACACAAUAUCAGUAUCACUAGAGCAUGGUUUGGGUCGAAGUUGCAGUAAUUGGCAGUAAUUCG